AGUAAAUUUUUAUAUACAAUUACCAAGCAGGACCUUAUGGUCUGCUUGUGAAAGCAAAUCUGUUGGCUAUCAUCUAGCUUUGGGGAAAUCAACUGCCAGAGCUAAACUGGCAAAACAAGACACAGAAAAGAAAAAAAGAAGAAGAAAAAAAAAAGAAAGUGAAAGUGAAAGGAAAAUGUGUGAGAAGGUUAUGUUGUUGGAAAACUCCCAUCCAAAGUGUUUGCUUAUAAAGGCCAGCCACCCAGGAAAGGAGAUAGUAUCAAAGUGUCAGUGUCAGAACUUCACAUGGAAAAAUACUGGGACUUAAAUUGAUACUGGUACGAAAUUGAAGAUGAAAAAGCCUUGGAGUAAAUUCCUGUCUAGAAGGGACAGCACCCGACCUGUGAUAAAUGACAACAAUAAUUACAUAGAGAAUGGUCAUGAAUCUGAGUGCAUGGUGCAUAACAGUUUAAGAAAAAAUGAAGAGAAAAAAUCGCAGGAGCUUUUUUCACCCUGUUCUGAUGAUGCUUCAGAUGAUGAUGAUCCCUCCAACAGAUUUGAGCCUAUGCAGAGCAGGAAAGGAUCAAUGUCCCUGACCUUCCCCGAAAUUCCUGCUGACCUUGAACAACAUCUUCAUCGGCAUUUGGAAAAUGUAGAAGAAAUAGUACAAAAUAAGCGUAAUUCAAGGUCUGGAGACAACAGUGGCUGUCUAGAAGAUCACUUCCUGUUACAGACAUCUGAGCACCUAAAUAUCCUGCUCCAGAACAUCAGCACCUCAAAAAACUGUUUAUUUUUGAUAAACUGGGCCUUUGAAAGGAAGCAACUAUUUCCUAACUCGGAAUCUGAUCUUGUGGAAGAAUGGGGACCAGAAGCAGAAACCAAACUUCUAGAGAGAAUUAAGGAGGAGGUUCGUGUUUCCUUGGACAAAAUCCUGCAGGAGGACCGAAACCAAACAGAACAUAAUGAAGAAACCUACAUUCAGCUUUACGUGGACAUUAUUCAGUGUAUUAAUGCCAUGCCCAAAUUAGUACAAAAUGUAAGACCAAGACUGUAUCCUCAGGUGCAGGAGGUUUGCUAUCAAGAGCUGUGCGAUUUUGUGAAAAGGUACACCUCUGAACAGACCAAGAUUCUUCAACAAAAAGCUGAGACUUGGAGGGAACAUGUGGAAAAUCCAGAGAUGAUACACUUCCUUAAGACUCUGAAAACAUGUAAAGAACUAGGGAAUCACGUUUCGACGAAUGCAACUUUUGUCAGAGUUCCUCUUGUCCAGGAAAUCAAUAAAAUACUUAAAGAAAUGGAGGAAUCAACUAUGCAACUUCUAAAUAAAAUUGUAACUGAACUUGCUGAGACGUCCCUUGAGGAUUAUUUCAAAUCAAGAAACACAUCUUGUAAUUGCUUGUUACACAGUAUAUCUGGUCAAAGGCACUGUGGUUUGUUUGAUGAGUUGAGGAACCAUUUUCCCAGACUGUCUAAUGCAUCGGAUGAACAAAAGAUUGUUAUGGAUGAAGCUUAUAAAAUCGUGGUUCACUCUUAUCUCAAGCAUCUUAUCCAGAAAAGUCAGUGGAAACUGAAAAGAUACUGGAGUACUGAUGUGGGCCAAGCAGUCGAUGACUUUGCCAAGGAACUUCACACCACCAUCUCAGAUCUGGCUCCCGGUGUACAGCAGUGGAACUGCAUACUACUGAAGAUCAACGACAUUUUAAAGAGCAAUAUCGACGGCCUGAGACUUGACAUUUUAGGCAUAUGUGGAGACUUUAAGGAAAAGAGGUAA